AUCGUGGGAGGCGCCCAUCACUCAGCAUCCGCACCGGGGAAGGCAGAACCCCUCCCAGCCACACCAACCUCUCCUCUUCCCCUCCACAACGACAGAGCAGCGAGCCCAGUUCUCUCUUCUCUACCCUUCGCUUCUGUAUUAUACUAUCCGCGCCCUUCUUUGCCCCCGUAUUUCAAUUCCUGGUCCGCUUGCGGACGGACGGCUGACGCUCUACGAUUGCUUACGGUCGAGCUUUGUUUCACAACACGGUUUAUACACCUUUACUUCUGCGCCCAGACGGCCCCGACGCACUCGCGCGACGCCCUUACCCACCGCACGGCAGGCGACCCAGCUAUAGAAGCCAUGGACGGCUCUCUCUCCGACCCCGAGAUGGAGCUGGUCGACUCAGACAUGCCCGCGAACGACGACAUACCGGAAGAGCCCGACAUGGUCCUUUCAGACGACGCCGGAAACAGCAAGGCAUUCGCGCCGCCGCCGCGGAUCGCAGCACGCUUCUAUCGCCCUUCAACCAGCCGCCGGAAGUCGUCUGCUGCCUCGUCGCGCCGCAACUCCAUCUCCUCGACGCACUCGCACACGUCGAACCGCUCGUACCGCAGCAGCUGCCAGAACCACCAUGUAGCCCAGCACCUCCGCCGCGCAUCCAUCCUCGAGAGCCGCAAGGCGCGAUUGGCAGAUCGCGCCGCACACGCAGAGCAGGUCCGUUUGCGCGCUGCGUUGGCAAAGGCGACACCGCGGAACUCCAACAGUGAAGAACGAGCGUUGGCAGCGAAGCAGGCCCGCGAACGGCACCUCGCGCAGGUAGCCGCAGCAUGCGCCGAGGAAGUUCGCCGCGCAAAGAAAGUUGCAGAGGACAUGAAAGAGCGCAAGGCUGCCGAAGAGCGACGAUACCGAAUGGAAAUGGAGGAAAAGCUGGCCGACGCAGAGAAGAGGAGGCUUGAGUACAAGCGCAACACUCGCAGGCCGAGGACUGCUAGUUCGCCCCCAGCUGACGCGAAGAAGGCGCCUCUGCGCCCGGCCGUGUCUUCCGAGGACGCAGCCAAGCGAAUACAAUCUGCUUGGAGGGCUAGGACAAGGAAGAACAUCGUCGAAGCCUGGCUGGAGCUAGGCCUAUCCAUCGACAGGGUCCACGACACUAGUUUUGAGGAAAUCACGAUGCUGCUUAGCGAAGAGAAGGUUCUGUCUGCGACGGAGAAGAUUAUGAAUCUUUUCGAGCUACUCCCGGAAGGAGACCAAGCCGCUCGUAGUACCGCUGUGAGGACAUUCCUCUCCGCUUAUCUUAUCCUAGGACAUCCGGCGCACGUUCUCAGUCGCGAUGGCGAUCAAGAGCAGGACCUUAUACAGAAGGCUAAGGACCUGAUCAUCUCCUUCGAAGCUGCUCUAGGCAAGCUGUCCACUUUCAAUUACUACACCCCCUCGCCGACCCGAGUGGAGACUGUCCUGCUGGCUCAUGGCGCAUUCGUCACGGCUUUCAAUGACUGGAAAGCGCGCGAUUCUUCGGCACUCAUUGAGACCAUGGUCGCCUCGUUUGUCAAUCUCGAUGCGAUAUGGCAGAGCGUCAAGGACGACACUGCCGACGAAGUUGCUAUAGAAUACAAGAACGGCAUCCGCGAUAACCAGGCCAUUCUCCUGAGCAAGAUCAAGAAGCUCGCUGGUCCGGAUAGGGCUCUGACCCUCAUCCGAAAGGCCAUCCGAGAGAGUCGCAAGUCCAGACCGAGGAAGAAGCCCGCUGGCGAAGUCGUACGUCCGCGAGUCGCAAUUGAUUCUCCUGCACCAGGCUCCCCUAUUGCCGAGGAGCACGCGGCUAUCCAGCAUGAGGCUGCAUCUCACCUUGCGUCCACCAGCGGCCAUCCCCAGCCAGAAGGCCACCAAGCCCAGUCUUUGUCGAAAGUGUUUACCGUCGUUCCACCGAACAGAAUUCUGGUGCAUGAGCUUUCCAUCGACAAGGAGUACCGCAUCGAUGCAUCACCGACUGCUAACCUGCGGGACGCCCUGAAUCGCGAGCUCUGUGAUUCCAUGCUCCGAGGAUUCGAGAACGGCGAAGGUGCCGUCUGGACCGCCGCUAUGGCUGAGAACAUCCGCUCUAAGCUCCUUCGAUUGCUGAAGAACGGCAACUCGAUGCAUACUCUGAUCUCGGAGACUCUAGAUCCUGAGCUCAUAAACAGGCAGUGCAGCCAGGGCAUGUUCUCUUAUGAGAAGUUCUUCAACUUCAUGGCCAAUAUUCUGCCAAAACUUUGCGCCCCCUUCCGUGACGCCGAGGUCAAGGCUUUGGCAGACGAGCUGCAAGAGGAGGGUCCCCUUCCCGAGAUGAUCGAGAAACUGUUCAAGCUGCUCCACGUCAUCGACCUUCUAUCGCUGGACUAUUCGAACUUCCUCUUGAUGAAUGCCGCGCCGACGCUCACUAAGGAGGCGCCGGGGUAUGAGCAGUGUAUGUUCGCUCAGGAUCUCGAAGAGGGCAAGAUAACGCUCGAGAGGACACGACGCUGGUGGCGCAGUGCAGCUGUCAAUAUGCACACCGAAGCUGACCGUCGCGACCCAUGGAAUCAUCCGCAGCCAAUGAAUCGGCCAACGCCUCAGAAGAUCUAUGCUCGUGGCCUUGUCGAUCUCGCUAUCGCUACGCCUCCCCUCAGAGACUCCGAGCUUCCGGAGACCCUUGAGCUUGACCGAGCACGUAUAUCCCGCAUCCGUGAAGAGUCUCUUCGCAUCACCACGAUUGGUGGCAUCCUCCUUACCGCGAAGAACCUCCUCAAGCGCGACGUCCGCUCUCAGUGGAAGAAUGAGGCUAACCGCAUGUGGGAGUGUCUCAAGGAUGGCUAUCUGAAGGACCCGGCGACGCCCUCUAAGAUCUCCUCUUUGCUUGAAUCGUCGCACGCGAUGCCGCCUUCGACUCGCGCGCAGCUUGCGUCUACCAUCACUCGCCUCCUCACUCAAGCCGAAUCUGGCAAGUUGAACGACCCUGUGAUGAAGGUCCUGUUUCAGCGCCUGAAGACCCACAUCUGCAACCGUGUCUCAGCUAGUAGCUCUGGCGAGAGGGUCAAAGCGGCAAGCACGGCUACGGAAGGGCUCGCCACGACUGGCCUUCCGGAAUUCGUCUCUCAAGUGGGCGACAUUUGCGAUCAGCUUACCAAGGUGAGCGAGGUCGACCGGAGGGCACACGGCAAAUGGUACGAAGAAAUUGCCGAAGAGCUGGAGAGGCUGGGUGCAGAUGGCGCAGAAUUAACGAGGGCGUCCAGCGCUGAGUCCGCAGCUACGGCGGCCGCCAGCUCGUCCUCCGAGUGAGGCUCCGGCCCAGACUUUCGUCUACUAUUACCUGUUUUGGAAGAUUGAUUACGGUCGGUUUAUUCUUCAUUUUCGUGUUUUACUCCCGCAAGAUUGCGCGUACUUCGUUUCUGCAUUGUGUUUCUCGAUGGUUUUGGGUUUGCUCGUCAUUUUUCGGCAAGGCGCUCGCUGGCCAAGGUGCAUUGGCAUUGUUUUGAAUAGCCUGCUUUUGCAUGGCUUGUGGUUAUGAUAUCAUUGGUUUAUUGGUUUAGUAUGGCAUUGCUUUGGAGGAUGAAAGGGACAAAUCGGAUAUAGACGUGCUGUGAUCAUAAGCAAGCAUACAUGGUACUGAGGGACAGGAUAAUGUUCGAUGAAUGGCAUUUCUGCAUACCCUUCUUUUGCUUUGGUUCCUGUUAGUGAGUACACAUCGCCGAC